UUCACAUUGGGAAAACUGAAGUCGUUUUUCCCGCUUGUUGAUACGAUAUCUAAUGAAGGAUUACAGUAUGCCGAUAUGAUGUAUGAGAAAGGGGACUUAAUCAACUUUUCUGAUUUCUACUCAACAUAUGCGAUGGAAAAUAUUAGCAGUAUUGGUUUUGGCGUUCAUAACAACGGUUUUAAAUCGAACACGGAAUUUCAUAGACGUGGUCAACAGUUCUUUGAAUAUACUUCUUUUUAUUGGACAGUAAUGCGAGCAAUUGCAUUCUUCGCGCCGGAGGCUUUCAAAGCAUUAAGAAUAAACCGAAUCAAUCCUGGCAUAAAUAAUUUCUUUUAUAAUCUGGUGAAGGACACUGUGGACUAUCGCAAGAAAAACGGUUAUCGCCGUAAUGAUUUUCUUCAGACUCUGAUUGAUAUAAAAGACAGGGAGACGCUGCCUUCCCUGUCAGGAACGGAAGAAUAUAGAUUUACGUUCAAUGACAUCAUAGCGAAUACAUUGCUUUAUAUGUUCGCUGGCUACGAGACAUCUGCUACAACGGGCAUGUUUGCAGCAUACGAAUUGGCAAAAAACCCAGCCGUUCAGAACAAAGCUAGAGAGGAGGUAAUGAGCGUCCUGGCAAAACAUAAUAACGAAUGGACGUAUGAAGCGCAGAAUGACAUGACGUACAUAACCAUGGUUCUCGAAGAAACGAUGAGAAAAUAUCCACCAAUGCGCGCUCUGUUCCGGAGAUGUAAUAAAGAUUUCAGUACCUGACAGUGACUUUGUUAUAGAAAAGGGUACAUUACUGUUUAUACCCAUUCAAGCAAUACAAAUGGACCCUGAUAUUUUCGAAAAUCCGGAGCAUUUCGACCCAGAGCGAUUCACACCAGAGAAGAA